AUGGAGCUCGGAAGUUACUCAGAACGCCAGAGACAGCGCGAUCCGCUGAACGUUGAACAGGAACCUCACGUGGCCGCGUUCCACCAAGGCUCCUCUUCACGCGCAAGUGCGCUUCGAUCUGCUUUUGCUGGCGGCUGGCUGGGGGGCGGAGACAGCCGAAAUGACGCACCAGGAGACGAUGGGGAAUUCUCUAUUUCGGGAUAUUCCCCUUACGAUGUUGCGUACAGAGGACAAGCCUACGGAGACAGCGCUUUGAUCAGUCGCACCCCGCAACCAGACUCCAAAUCCCGCCGCUUCGUCUUCCUUCUCGUGGGAGGCCUCAUUGCAACCGCAUCUGUCUACUUUCUCUACAGUCGAACUCCUCAACCCGGCCUUCUCGGGCAUACUGAAGGUGACCCCUGCGUCGUUGAUCGAUCUGAAGCUUGCCGCGCCUAUCCGUUCUAUGGCGGAUUCGAUGCGAACGUGGUGCGAAUGAUUGAUGCGGAUACAACGACGAAAAAUUUUCUCUUUCGGUCGUCGAUGCCCCUCGACUCCGAGACACACUCGCUGGCACUCCACAAGGUCCAGAUGGCUGCUGCGGAGCAGGCAGCGGGGAACGGGCUCCAGCUGCCUGCGCGCGCAAAGAUUCUGUUCUUCACGUUGCAGUGGGACGGUUACAACGGUCCGUUGCUCGAACGGUGCGAAAUCGCGAGAGAGGCCUGCCAGGCGCGCCCCGUCCCAGGUGUAGGGACAGUGCACUGGCCGAUCUUCGGGCAGAACGUUAACCCCUUUCGUCUUCCAGAUGACUCGAGGACGGCGUUGGCACGAACCUUCACUGACUGGGACGCCGACGGUUUGGACCAGAAAGUCUCCAUUCUGCAUCAAUUGGUUCACGUGUCUGCGAAGGAGAACGCCGCGGUGUUCACAACGGAGGAUGGGAAGUCGGUUUUCUCCGCUUCUCCGAACGAGGCGCAGUCUGGCCAAGGCGCCCAGAGAGACAGUGUCUCAGCAGCUAAGGGGGGAAAUGGAGAACAUGACGAUGUUUCUCUCACUGACGAUGUCCCCGUCAUUUCCGUCAUCCACUGCCACCACGGCGUAGAUAGAACAGGCGCGGUGACUGCUGCUUACAAAAUGCGAUUCCUGGGCUUCUCUCUCGACGCCGUAUUCAAGGAAGCGAGGGCACUGGGCCAGAACCUUGUGGAGAGCAUUUACUCGAUGAUGUGGUAUUGCCUGUACUUGGAAACUGCGCUGAACCUGAAAACGACGCAGUGCUACGACGUGGUCACUGCAAAUGCCAACGUUCCCUACUUCACGAACGGGCGUGCACCCCACACGCCCCCCGGGGUGCUUCCGGACCCACUCCCAAGUCCCCCUUUGACCCCAGGCCCGCGGGUCUCGGAGUUCCUCCUGGGAGCCGAAGGCCGUGCUGGCACCCGAGGCUCUGCGCCGGCUUCCAAGACAAAGGACGCGCUUGAAAAGAACGGAACGGAAAGCAAAGCUGCGUCCCCUCCCUCGGAGACAGCAGAGAAAGCGUCUGCGGAGUCGGCCCCCCACGGAGAACAGAAACUGCAUCCCGAUUCAGCGAGCCCGAAGCCCACUGCGGCUAGCGACCCUCAGGUGUCUCCGCAGCCUCAGCUAGCCACGCACCCCGUCUCGUCUUCCCCGUCUGCAGAUGCUGCUUCUUCCCUGCCUGCGAGCUCUGCGUCUCCAGCUGCAGUUCCUCAACCAGCUCCGUCGCCGCCUGCGGCUGCAGAGAAGACAGCUGCAGAGGCGAGCGGAGAAGAGAGGCACUAG